AUGUCCAAGGCCCAGUCAAAUAAUAUGCACGUGCUUGAUACUGCCGUAGUUGAAAGAAGACUUCGACCUAUUUAUGACUGGCUAGAUAGUGGAAACAACAAAAAAGCUCUUCAAGAAUGUGAUAAGGUCCUCAAGAAAGCACCAAAUCUGCAUUGUGCAAAGGCUUUGAAAGCUUUAACACUUCAUCGUAUGGGCAAGGGAUCGGAAAGUAGGGUAAUCUUGGAAGCUUUGACAAAUGAGAAACCAACUGAUGAUGCAACAUUGCAAGCUAUGACAUUGUGCUACAGAGAAAUGCAAGAGUUAGAAAAGAUUUGCAGACUUUAUGAGACAGCUGUAAGAAUAGACCCCACCAAUGAAGAACUCCAUACCCAUUUGUUCAUGUCCUAUGUGAGGAUAUCUGAUUUCAAGCUACAGCAACAGAGUGCCAUGGCAUUAUACAAACUUAAACCUAAAAACCCUUACUAUUGCUGGGCAGUGAUGAGCAUAAUCUUGCAAGCUACCAGAGGUGAGGGCUGCAGAGAUCCUCUAAAACGUAAAUUGCUGUUAAGUCUAGCUGAGAGGAUGUUUGAUAAACUGUUGACAGAAAAUAAGAUUGAUGCUGAACAAGAGGUGCAGUUGUAUGUGAUGAUUUUGGAUUUGUUGGGGAAGCAAGAGGAAGUUGUAGCUGUGCUGGAUGGUCCACUAGGUGCCAAAUUACAAUGCACCAACUUUGGUCUGGUCAAGAUGACUUAUUUGAAAAAAAUGCAGAGGUGGAAAGAUGUCAAUUUGAUUUGCAAAAGCAUUCUUGCAGAGAGUGCAGAUAGGUGGGAUAUAUGGAAGGAAUACAUACAUUCUGUAUUUGAGUUGAUGUAUCAGCAGACUCAAACAUCUGGUCAGGAGAAUUCUGAUGGUGGAGAUAAUAUUGUGGAAACUGCAGAUGAUACUCCUGAGAAAGCUCAUGAGUUCAUUUGUAGAAUGGUAGAGAGUGGAGCUGACAAUGGUUAUGUGCUAAGGGGUCCUUUUCUGGCUAGAUUUCAAUUGUGUUCUAGAAUGUCCAGUAGAGGUAUGGACACAAAUGAUCUGUUUGGAGAUGAAAUUGAACUUUUCAUGGAGUAUUUCAGGAAAUUCGGUCACAAGCCUUGUUGUGUAUCAGAUUUGCGUAUAUUUCUGAAUCUGUUGCUGACUCCUAAAAAGACUGAACUGUCAUCUAGGCUGAUGAAGGAUGUGGGAAUAAGUGCUACCAGUGUACCUCAAUCGGAGGCCCAGAUGCAAAGGCACAUUUGUGCUGUUCAACUGUCGCGGCUGUGCGGCAGCCACCGUGACCUGUCACCGGAGCACCUCAAAGCCCUCAUCACAGCCCUCACUCUGCACUACCAGCAUGGGUAUCAAACCUACGGGCGCGGCCUGCUCUCCACGGAUUUGGCCCCGUGCGACCCUUAUGCCCUUUUGGCCGCUCAUCUUCUCUAUGAUUUGGCACAAAUCGAACAGAAAUCGGAUGCCGUCGUGGUGGCCCUAGCCCUGCUGGAAAGGUUGCUCUCCAAUUCGCCCAGUAACUUUCAUGGCAAGCUGUUGGCUGUCAGGCUCUAUCACUGUUUGGGUGGUGGUACAAAGGCUCUAGAAAUGUACAGCAGUCUGGAUGUGAAACACUUGCAGCUGGAUUCCUUGGGCUACAUACAUUGUGCCAGAAUGAUGACCACAGGACUGUUCACCUUAUGCACUAAUCUUUUCGAUGCCACAUUGAAAUUUUUCUCCUCCAAUUAUAAAGAUAGUUCGGAUCAUCUAACGUUUUCAUAUAAAUUCGGAUCGUUUACGAAACUGGACGAGUUCAUGGACUUCAGGGAAAGAAUGAAUAACAGUUUACAUUAUGCGACCGUUGGGGUGGACAGGAUUGUGCUCAAGUUGGUGGAGUGCAUGUCUCUGGACACUCUGUACUCCAUAACCAUAUCACCCAAAGAGGACAAAAUCGAAUGGAAUUGCUUGAGGGACAAUCACGAUCUCGGCGUGUUCUUGUCUUGGGACCCGGAAAGCAUAGAAAACGCUCCGGAGGAUUGGCAAGAGAGCAAAGCACUGUUCGAGCAAGACGUGCGCUUCCUCAGACUGCGAACGUCCAUUUUGUGGACGAUGGCCGCAGCAGUGGACAUUGUCAAAUCCUUGGACGGCGACAGGCAGCGACACGUAGAAGCCUUAAGGAAUGCGCUCGACCAAUGGAAGGCGUUGCACCAAAAAACACUAUCGGACAACUUCCCGCCUAUUCAACAGAACUUGUUGCCCUUGCCGAUGCCUUCGAGACUGCACGGCAGUUUAGCAGCUCCCUAUUGCCCGGUGUUUAGUUCCUUCUUAGAUUUCUUCCUCAGCAUGAUGGGGAACGAUUCCCAUCACACUAUGGAAUGUGUCAAAUGCAUAGAGGAGGAAUUGGAUAAGCUAACGGACUUUCUGAGGGACGCCACAAUAAAGAAAUCCAACGAUUUGAUGGCCAGGCGAAAAUCCUUAGAACUGGCGGUAAAUUGUGUGGAGAUCAUCAGUAUAACUUCGCUGAUAUGUGUUUUGUGCGGAGAAUUGGUGAAACCUGUGCAAGUGAAGAAGGGCAAGAAGAAAUCCUGUGAUACAAAGAACAAGGAGUAUGUUUUUUCUGUGGCCGACAAACUGAAAAAGGAAAUGAACAAUUUUUGUGAUAUUCUGCAAGACUGGAUCGACGCCAAUCCUGAGGAUCAUGUUUUCAAUAUGUUGGAGAGCCUCAAUCUGAAUUCUACGGAAAAUAUCCUGGAAAAAAUUCAUUAUAGCUAUAAAAUUGCCAAUAGGGAGAUGCAACUCAUUUUGAAAACAAAAAUAAAAUUACUCACAUAG